UUUAUCAUUUUAGCUCUCGCUUCCUCGCUAUUGAAUCCAUCUCUCCCAACGCCAUGGCGGCUGAAGCCCUCGCGAGCGAUCGAAUCAAGAGGCACAUCGACGACCUGGAAACGCAGCAUUCGCUCCUCGCCAGCUGCAUCCUUCUCUGGAAGUCCCUCUCGAACCGCUUGGACGCUCUCCACCAAACUAUCACCGGCCGUUCAGAAGCCCUCGACGCCGACCUUCAGUCUCUCGACCCGAGCACCCAACAGGCCGUAGAUUCCAUCUCCCAACGCGAUUUUUCUCUCUGCGACCGCGAGUUCGCCGCCUCCGCCGCCAUCCGGGAGCUCCGUGAUGCCAUCCUUGCUGAGAUCGAGCAUCCCGCCGCCCGCCGCCCUCCCGACGCGGAUACCGACCUCCGCGGUCUCCUCCGUUGGUACGCGCGACGCAUGGACUCGGCUGGGUUGUGGCGCUUUGUCGCGUCGCGGCGCAGGACCCUCGGCAUGCUCCGGAAAGGGGUAGCCGACGCCGUGGAUGAUUCGAUCGAUCCCCCACGGCUUGUGAUUGACGCAGUUGAGGACUUCCUGGUCCACCCUAUCGAGGAUGGUGCAGAUCGGAACUGGGUUCUUGGGAUGCUGCUCCGUUCGCUGCUUGGUUCCGAGGGGACGAAGGCUCCAGAUGUAGCCGAAAGUAUCAGGGAGAGGGCAGUGGUCGUGGCGGAGUUGUGGAAGAAAAAGUUUGGCCGGAAGAGUGAGGGAGGAGAAGGGGGAGAAACGAUGGGUGGUUCGGAGGCACAAACAUUUCUUCAGAUAGUGGCAGCAUUUGAUCUUAGGCCACGUUUUGAGGAGGAAUUCUUAAUGAUGCUGCUCAUGGAACAUGCUUCCAGAAAAGAAAUGGCGAAACUUGCUUCUGCAAUAGGAUUUAGAGAACAAUUGGCAGUUGUCAUUGACAAGUUGAUAAACACCAACAAGGAGAUUGAAGCUAUUUAUUUUGUUCAUUAUUCUGGUUUAAGCAAUCAUUUCCCCCCUGAAUCCCUUCUGAAAGAGUACCACCAAGCCUCUAGGAGAAAAGCCAGUUCCAUAUCAAAGGAUGGAAACAACUCACCUGCUGCUUUGCGAGAGUCAAACAAUCUCGAGAUGACUGCCCUCAGAUCAAUAAUCAAGUGUGUGGAGAGUUGCAACCUCGAGGCGAAGUUCAGCACCAGUGAGUUGAAAAGGAGGCUUGCAAAAUUGGAGAAAGCCAAGGCAGAUAGGAAGAAUCCUGCAGUUUCAAAGAAAUUUCGGAGCAAGAGACCUGUGCCAAUUAGUGGAACAGGAACCGCUCCAACUUUUCCUGCUAAAAAAGCGAGAACUUCAAAUGCACCUUUUGCUUCAUUUAGUCAGAACUCGGCUGUUGCAUCCCAUAUCCCACCAGCUCAUCAUGCUUAUGGCUUCCCAGGUCAAGGUGGAUCUGAUAGCCGUGCUUCUGCAUCCUAUGCUACUUCAGGUCCCAGCCAGAUUCCACCCACUGCGGCUCAAUGGUAUUAUAUGGAUGAUGACAUUGUUGGACGAGUUCCCUAUGGCGGAUCUGCCAUUAGUUAUGGCGGACAUGAUUACCCAUCGGUGACGCUUGGCCAGCCAUCAUAUCCACACUGAUCCUCUCUUGUCAUGUGUAUGCUGACUCACGAGUUACUAAAUUACAUGAGUCUGUUUACUUACAGUGGUUGUCAGACAUGUUACAUGGCUGCAGUAUUUAUGAUGUACGAGGUUUGGCCGAAGUGAAUGAUUUAUAAUGGCAGAGAAACAAAGGUUCAUAAAUAGCUUAUUGGUAUUGCAGUACUAGGCUUUAUAAGAUUAUUUUUUUAUUUGUAUAAUUAGUUUGAAAUUGAUUUUUUUUUUUGUUGAAUUAUUCUCACUUAAGUGACAAAUAUGAUAUGAAUGGGUACCAGUUAUGACAGCAUUUAAGGACUUGGUUGCACCCGCUUUAAA